GAAUUAAAUUGCUGCCCUCCUGCUUUUAAAAGGCUGGAAAAUAUAACAUUUUUAUAAUUGUUGUCUAUCACUGUGAAAAUUCAUAUUGUCAAUUAAUUCUAUUUGUAAUUGUUCCCGUUUUAUUGGUGUCUUCAGUGUAAGAUCUCAGUGCAACAUUUGGUCAUAGAAAAAAGGCUAGAGUUGCUGCAUUGAUAAUGAUGCUGAAUAUAUUGAUUUUUUGGUUAGAGUUAAAUAUUUAUUAUGUUCCAUGAAUAUGUUGGUUCUGUCAUUUCCAGUCUCAGAUCUCCAUUUCAUACCCUCAACAUCGGACUUUGAAAAAUAUGCAUUAGUGAUGCAUUCAUUAUUAUAAAUGUUUGUAAUCGUAUUUUGAAAUUAUUUAUUGCAAACUAAUUCUAUUUCAUUCAUUUUGAUGGCUGAUGUGUUUGUUUGAUACAGAUUGAGAACUUAACCUAAAUUGAUAGUUGCAUUGCAGUGAAAUUAAGUUUAUUAAAGUUGUGCAUGCCUUUGAAAAUUGUUAUCUCCCUUCAUGCAUUUAAUAGAAUUUGAGGAAAUGUAGCUAGCUCUAUGGUGUUUAAAACAAAAACAUGCUUCACACAAGUCAGUGUGUUGCAAUUGGCAUAUGUGCUCCAGUGAUGGUCUUUCAAUGGGAUUGAGGGGGUAUAUGGAAGGAUAUCUGCCCUGCUAAAUAUCCCCCUGAAAAAUGUGCACAUAUAGAUAUCAGGAGACCUUAUAUCCUUACGACCUUACAAUCGUAAGACAUAGGAGCAGAAUUCAGCUAAUCUGCUGGAGGAAGUGGUGAAAUGGGGCAAAAUUACUACAUUUAAGAGGCAACCAUGUUCACCAACACAAUCUGUGAUCUCAUGACCAACAUUUUUCAUUCUAUCAUUAGUGGCAACCCAGAGCAUUGAUCUUGAUGCCACUAGAAGAUAGGAUGGCUAGCUGGGAGCAGCAGCAGCAGCAUAUCGAAAAGCUGACUGAUAAAGCUGCAACACAGGACUACCUGCAUGCUACUAAACAUUGGAUAGUAGACAGAGGCAUUGAUUUUGUAAUUAAUGGAUCAAAUUAAAACUCAUCCUGCCUCAUCCAGUCCUGAAUAGUGGAGAAGAGUCAAACAUAUAAUAUGAGUAGAAUGCUGCAAGAUUAACCCCCUCCACAGAGGUGGCAGUGCAAGCUUGUGAGUGCUCGUGACAAAGCUGAAGCAAUCACUGUCACAUUCGGCCAGAAGUGGCAAAUAAAUAACCUAACUGACUGUUACUGAGACCUCCAAUGUUUUCGAAGUCGGGACACAUCUAAUUCAAUUUGCCCUGUGAUAGCAAGAAAUGGCUGAGUACAUUGUAAACAGCAAAGGCCAUGUGACCAGAUUUCAUUCCAACUGUAGUUUUGAAGACCUGGACUCUGGAGCAAGCUGUUUUACUAGCAUGGCUGUACCAGUACAUUAAAAACACUGGUGUCUGUCCAAUAAUAAUGUGAUCCAGCUAUGCCGCCUUCAAAACUAAAAAGACAAAUCCAAUCCUGCGAAUAACUGCUCAAUAAAUUUGCUGCCAAUCGUCAAUAAGGUGAUGGGCGCCAUCAUCCACAGUGCUAUUCAGCAGCAUUUAUUCACCAAUAUCAGACCUGUCAAUCCCUAGAACCACUUAGUUCAGAUGUGGAAAAGGAGUUGAAUUUGAGGUGAGAGAGACUGUUUUUGAGGUUAAGAUUGCAUUUGACAGGGCAGCAUUAAAGUGUCAGGUAAAACUAAAGUUUAUGGUCAAUGGGGACAAAAAUCUUACUGGUUGGAGUCAUGUCUCACACAAAUAAGAUCGUUGUUUGAGGUCAAUUUUCGUCAUCCUGGGAUAUAAUUUCACAAAUUCUCAAGGCAGGUACUAGUUGUUUCACCUUCAGCUAAUUCUUCAGUUACUAUUGUUCCAUCAUAAAGUUGAAAUGUGGAUGUUUGCUGAAGACUGCAUAAUAUUCAUUCCUUUUGUAACUCUUCAGCAAACGAAGCACCCCAAUGCCUGUGUGCAACAAGGUCUGGGAGGCGUUUGGUUAUGGGCUGAUGGGUGGCAAGUAAACUUUGCAUCACAAUAAUACUAUGUGUUAACCAUCUCUAUUCAUAGACUCACUCUGGACUUUUAACAGCCUUGCACUGCUGGAUAUCCACUUUGAACAUCUGGUCACCUUUGACCAGAAACUAUAUCUGACCCGGCAUUGAAAUAGUAUAGCUACUUGUAUAGCUCAGAGACUGGUAUCUGUGACAAAUAACUUGGCUCUGAGCACCCAACAGCCUUUGCAUCAACUACGAGGCACAACAACAGGAUGGAAAAUCCUUCCUUGCCAAUAUGAAAGUAAGAUGAAUGUUAUUCAAAAAUGUAUACCAUGGAAAAUGCAAUGCGGUUGCUUUCCAAUGCUAUUGUGACAGCAAUUCCCAAACCUGGAACUGUUACCACUAACAGGUGCAGGAACCGUUACCACUAACAGGUGCAGGGUCAGGGCUGUGAGUAUUUAAAUCCAGCGCGGGGCUUACUUUCACAGAGGCCCGGGAACCGUUGGAGCGAGUGGAGGAGGGUCAGGGCUUAUUACCAAAAUAUGUAAAGUUCCACACUUCAUAGGGAUGGUUCUGGUGGAAGCCGCUGAUUGGUGGAAGCAGACUAGAGGAAGCAGUUGAUUGGGUGCAACCUCAGGUUAGCAUUUCUGCUUUCUGGUUAAAGGUACAGUGCUUUAGUAAAGGUACAGUGAGCCAAGGGUACAGUGGGCUAAAGGUACAGUGCUUUUUGUUUAUAUAAUAAAGGUACAGUUUAAAGGUCAAGAGGGAGCAGCUGUUGUGAGUCAGAUACCUGCUGAUUUCUCCCAGCAGUUUCUAUUGUAUUAUACUUGUAUCAGAUCCAGGGUAAGGCGGGAGAAUGACAGCCAGAGCAGUGUACUGUUCUGGAUGUCAGAUGUGGGAGGUCAUGGAGUCGGAUGGCCCUCCAGACGUCCAUAUCUGCACCAGGUGCAGCGAGAUGGGGCUCCUAAGGGACCAUAUUAGGAUCCUGGAGCAGCAGCUCGAUGGCCUCUGUCUGGUCAGGGAGAGUGAGGAGGUCAUAGAGAGGAGUUAUAGGGAGGUGGUCACUCCAAAACCACAGGAGAGAGACAUGUGGGUCACGUUAAGGAAGGGCAAGGGGCAGAGGCAGAGACGAGUGAGUACUCCAAUGUCGGUACACCUUGCAAAUAAAUACUCCUGUUUGAGUACGGAUGGGGGUGACAGCCUACCCGGGGGUAGCGACAGCGGACGGGCCUCCAGCACAGAGACCGGCCCUGUUGCUCCGAAAGGUAGGGACAAAAAGAAGAGGGCAAUAGUAAUUGGGGACUCUAUUGUUAGGGGGUCGGAUAGGCGAUUCUGUGGACGCAGUCGGGAGACCAGGAUGGUGGGCUGCCUCCCCGGUGCCACGGUCUCGGACGUGUCUCAACGCGUCCAAGAUAUCCUGAAAUCAGAGGGAGAGGAGCCUGAGGUCGUGGUACAUAUAGGUACCAAUGACAUAGGUUAAAAAAAGGGAAGAGGUCCUGAAGGGAGGAUUUAGGGAGUUGGGAGGAGAGUUAAGGAAAAGGACCAAAAAGGUAACAAUCUCAGGAUUACUGCCUGUGCCACGCGACAGUGAGAGUAGGAAUGGAGCGAGGUGGAGGAUAAAUGCAUGGCUGAAAGACUGGUGCAGAGAGCAGGGAUUCAAGUUUCUGGGUCAUUGGGACUUCUUUUGGGGAAGGUGGGACCUGUACAGAAAGGAUGGGUUGCACUUGAACCCGAGGGGGACCAAUAUCCUGGCGGGGAAAUUUGCAAAGGCUACUGGGGAGACUUUAAACUAGAAUGGUUGGGGCGAGGGACUCAAAUAGAGAAAAUUAGUAGACAGAAUGGGAGGCAGGAAGCAGAAAAGGGAAGCACUCGGACACAAGAGGAGAAAGAAGAAAAAGGAAAUAAACAGAGAAUAAGAGGCGGGGGGUUUCUUAAAUGUGCAUAUUUUAAUGCUAGGAGCAUGGUAAGAAAAGUGGAUGAGCUUAGAGUCUGGAUAGACACCUGGAAGUAUGAUGUUGUGGCGAUCAUUGAAACAUGGUUGCAGGAGGGCUGUGAUUGGAAACUAAAUAUUCCAGGAUUUCGUUGCUUCAGGUGUGAUAGAAUUGGAGGGGCAAGAGGUGGAGGUGUUGCAUUGCUUGUCAGGGAAGAUAUUCCAGCAGUGCUUUGGCAGGAUAGAUUGGAGGGCUCAUCUAGGGAGGCUAUUUGGGUGGAACUGAGAAGUGGGAAAGGUGUAGCAACACUUAUAGGGGUGUAUUAUAGACCGCCAAAUGGGGAUCGAGAAUUGGAAGAGCAAAUAUGUAAGGAGAUAGCAGAUAUUAGUAAUAAGCACAAGGUAGUGAUUGUGGGAGAUUUCAACUUUCCACACAUAGACUGGGAAACACAUUCUGUAAAUGGGCUGGAUGGUUUGGAGUUUGUAAAAUGUGUGCAGGAUAGUUUUUUGCAGCAAUACAUAGAGGUACCUACUAGAGGAGGGGCAGUGCUGGACCUCCUGUUAGGAAAUGAGACGGGACAGGUGGCGGAGGUAUGCGUUGGGGAGCACUUCGGGUCCAGUGAUCACAAUACCAUUAGUUUCAAUAUAAUUAUGGAGAGGGUCAGAACUGGACCUAGGGUUGAGAUUUUUGAUUGGAGAAAGGCUAACUUUGAUGAGAUGCGAAAUGAUUUAAAAGGAGUGAACUGGGACAUUUUGUUUUAUGGGAAGGAUGUAGAAGAGAAAUGGAGGACAUUUAAAGGGGAAAUUUUAAGAGUACAGAAUCUUUAUGUUCCUGUUCGGUUGAAAGGAAACUGUAAAAAUUGGAACGAGCCCUGGUUUUCAAGGGAAAUUGGACCUUGUUCGGAAAAAGAGGGAGAUCUACAAUAAUUAUAGGCAGCAUCGAGUAAAUGAGGUGCUUGAGGAGUAUAAAGAAUGUAAAAAGAAUCUUAAGAAAUAAAUUAGAAAAGCUUAAAGAAGAUAUGAGGUUGCUUUGGCAAGUAAGUUGAAAGUAAAUCCAAAGGGUUUCUACAGCUAUAUUAAUAGCAAAAGGAUAAUGAGGGAUAAAAUUGGUCCAUUGGAGAGACAGAGUGGACAGCUAUCUGCAGAGCCAAAACAGAUGGGGGAGAUUGACCAAUUUAUUUUCUUCGGUAUUCACCAAGGAGAAUGAUAUUGAAUUAUGUGAGGUAAGGGAAAUUAGUAGAUUAGCUAUGGAUAAUUUGAGUUUCAAAGUAAAAGAAGUACUGACACUUUUGAAAAAUAUAAAAGUGGAUAAGUCUCCAGGGCCUGACAGGAUAUUCCCUAGGACAUUGAGGGAAGUUAGUGUAGAAAUAGCCGGGGCUAUGACAGAAAUAUUUCAAAUGUCAUUAGAAACGGGAAUAGUCCCCGAUGAUUGGCAUACUGCGCAUGUUGUUCCAUUGUUUAAAAAGGGUUCUAAGAGUAAACCUAGCAAUUAUAGACCUGUUAGUUUGACUUCAGUGGUGGGCAAAUUAAUGGAAAAGAUACUUAGAGAUAAUAUAUAUAAGCAUCUGGAUAAACAGGGUCUGAUUAGGAACAGUCAACAUGGAUUUGUGCCUGGAAGGUCAUGUUUGACUAAUCUUCUUGAAUUUUUUGUAGGGGUUACUAGGGAAAUUGACGAGGGUAAAGCAGUGGAUGUUGUCUAUAUGGACUUUAGUAAGGCCUUUGACAAGGUUCCUCAUGGAAGGUUGGUUAAGAAGGUUAAACUGUUGGGUAUAAAUGCAGGAAUAGCAAGAUGGAUUCAACAGUGGCUGAAUGGGAGACGCCAGAGGGUAAUGGUGGAUGGCUGUUUGUCGUGUUGGAGGCAGGUGACUAGUGGGGUGCCUCGGGGAUCUGUGUUGGGUCCUUUGUUGUUUUGUCAUGUACAUCAAUGAUCUGGACGAAGGUGUGGUAAAUUGGAUUAGUAAGUAUGCAGAUGAUACCAAGAUAGGGGGUGUUGUGGAUAAUGAAGAGGAUUUCCAAAGUCUACAGAGUGAUUUAGGCCAUUUGGAAGAAUGGGCUGAAAGAUGGCAGAUGGAGUUUAAUGCUGAUAAAUGUGAGGUGCUACACCUUGGCAGGACAAAUCAAAAUAGGAAGUACAUGGUAAAUGGUAGGGAAUUGAAGAAUACAGUUGAACAGAGGGAUCUGGGAAUAACCGUGCAUAGUUCCUUGAAGGUGGAAUCUCAUAUAGAUAGGGUGGUAAAGAAAGAUUUUGGUAUGCUAGCCUUUAUAAAUGAGAGCAUUGAGUAUAGAAGCUGGGAUGUAAUGUUAAAAUUGUACAAGGCAUUGGUGAGACCAAAUCUGGAGUAUGGUGUACAAUUUUGGUCGCCCAAUUAUAGGAAGGUGUCAACAAAAUAGAGAGAGUACAGAGGAGAUUUACUAGAAUGUUGCCUGGGUUUCAACAACUAAGUUACAGAGAUAGGUUGAAUAAGUUAGGUCUUUAUUCUCUGGAGCGCCGAAGGUUAAGGGGGCACUUGAUAGAGGUCUUUAAAAUGAUGAGAGGGAUAGACAGAGUUGAUGUGGACAAGCUUUUCCCUUUGAGAAUAGGAAAGAUUCAAACAAGAGGACAUGACUUCAGAAUUAAGGGACAGAAGUUUAGGGGUAACAUGAGGGGGAACUUCUUUACUCAGAGAGUGGUAGCGGUGUGGAAUGAGCUUCCAGUGGAAGUGGUGGAGGCUGGUUCGAUGGUAUCAUUUAAAAAUAAAUUGGAUAGGCAUAUGGAUGAGAAGAGAAUGGAGGGUUAUGGUACGAGUGCAGGCAGGUGGGACUGAGGGAAAAUAAUUGUUCGGCAUGGACUUGUAGGGCCGAGAUGGCCUGUUUCCGUGCUGUAAUUGUUAUAUGGUUAUAACUUCAGGCUAGUGGGAACACUCCCACCUGUAAGUACCCUAUCAAGUUGCACACCAUCCUAGUUUGGAAAUUAUCUCUAUUCUUUCAUUUUUGCUGGGUUUAAAUCUUGGAAUACCCGAUCAAUAACGCAGCAGGAUUCACCAGAAGGACUGCAAUAGCUUAGUAAGAUGGCUCACCACCAUCUUUUCAUGGGCAUUUUAGGAUGAACAAUAGAUGCAGGUUUUACCUGUGAUCCAAGAAAUUAUGAAGUAAAGCACUGAAGUUGAAACUUAUUCAGAACAAGGCAGCCCUCAUUAGUAUUAUUGCAUUCACUGCUGUAAGCAAUCAAUCUGUGGAACACUGGAGCAUUAUGGUUGAAAUAUCACGACCUCACAAUAUGCAUUCUUUAAUAAUAUCUUAUCAAAAUCGUGAAUUCUAUCAUCUUGUAAGGCAGCAGGUUUGUCAUCACUGAGUAUUGCUUUAAGGUAGCAAUGUUACAAAAUUUUGAGAUUUAAAAAAUCAAGUCUGCAAUUUAUCCCAUCAGAUAAAGCAUAAAAAGAGGUUUAAUUUGACACCUAAUUCACUUUCAUAUCUUCAGUAUUAAAAAAAGUUAUGCCCAUUUUCAUAUUCGGAAAUUGGCAUCUUGUUCCCUAUUGCUUUUCCAUUGACUUAACACAAAAGCUGUGAUCGAGGAUAGUCAAAAGCCCAUAACUUUCUUAAAAAUUAAGAGAACUGAAAGAAAAUUUCAGUUAUUAUAGAUUGAAGCAUUCUGAAACAAAUAUGAAACAAUCUUACUUGGAUGACCUGAAAUUAAAGCAUAUAAUUAGGUAGUUACCUAAUUGUAGCUAAUUACAAAAUUCAAUUACUAGAUCUAAACAUCUAUCCAUUUCUUAAGUAAAGAUUAACAUUUUUAAAAGCCCAAGUGUCCAAAUAACAUUCACACAAGAAUUCACAAUAUAACAUAAUUUUUAAAUCUCAUUGACAUGAAUUUAUGUCAAUGAGAUUUUAAUGUUUAAUACCUGUAAAUUAAUGGCCAUUUUAAUCAUCUUGCGAAUAGGUUUUUGUGGAACGCGAUUGAUUGGAACGUUGCGGUUUGCGGUGAAUUUGAACCUCAUAUCGGC